AUGAUCGCCUGCAGAGUUGCUGCCAGGUUUCAAUGCCGCAAAAGCGCGUUUUUACCUCGGGUUCGCCAUCUUCAUGACCUGCAGAAGCAUCCUCAGAGCAGAUUCCUGCAAGUAUCGGAGGAAGUACGUGAUGCGGUUGCGACGGGCAGGCCGGUUGUCGCCCUCGAAACAACCAUUUAUACUCACGGCUUUCCAUACCCCGAGAAUGUUGCACUUGCACAGCUCCUCGAAUCAGUAGUACGAGAGAAUGGCGGAGUUCCUGCAACAAUUGGCGUUCUCGGGGGUGUGGCUCGCGUGGGAAUGAGUCCCGACGAGAUUGUCGAGUUGGCCUCGACCGUUGAGAACAAGAGUGCUAUCAAAGUGUCUCGACGAGACCUUGGAUACAUUUGCGGCAUGGGCAUGUCUGGAAGGAAAAUCCAUGGUGGUACAACCAUUUCCGGCACGAUGAUUCUUUCGGAGCUUGCUGGCAUUCGAAUCUUUGGCACUGGUGGUCUUGGCGGCGUUCAUCGUGGAGGCGAAAACACCAUGGAUAUAUCUGCCGACUUGACUGAACUGGGUCGCACACCGGUGACUGUCAUCAGUUCUGGAAGCAAGAGCUUCCUGGAUAUUCCCCGUACCCUCGAAUAUCUCGAAACCGAGGGCGUUUGCGUGGCUACCUUUGCCGAUGGUCGCGAGGGACCGGUGGAUUACCCUGCUUUCUUCUCCAGAGACAGCGGAAUUCGCAGCCCAAAGGUCAUUCAAAAUGAAGCCGAAGCCGCUGCGAUUGUUUACGCGCAAUCUCAUCUUCCAGUUCGCUCGGGUCUUUUGUUUGCCAACCCCGUGCCUGCAGAGUCUUCAUUUUCUAAGCCGGAGAUGGACCGCAUUGUCGCAGAGGCAGUUCGUUUGGCCGAAGUGGAAGGUCACACAGGCAGUGACAACACUCCGUUUGUGCUGGCCAAGAUCAAGGAACUCAGCGGCGGAAAGAGUGUCAUUGCCAACCGUGCAUUGAUCGAGUCCAACAUCAAGCGAGCAACACGCGUGGCAGUUGAGCUGGCAAAACUGGAAAUUGGCGAUCGUAGUAUCAAGGCUGGUAUCACACAGUCCUCCAAAGACCAUUCGGAACCUUCAGCCCCAAAAAGAUCAGACUCUGAACCAACAGUAUCUUCGCCACCUCAACCUCAUCCUCACAAGAGCGCAGAUCUUGUCAUCGCUGGCUCGCUGGCAAUCGACCUUUCUUGUGACUAUGCUCCUUUUACCCGGGACACCAACAACGACGCACCUGUUCCACAUACUUCGAAUCCUGCAAAGAUCGAGCAAAGCCUAGGUGGUGUCGGUCACAACGUCGCGCUUGCCGCCAAAUACAUUGGAAGCGACGUACUUUUCUGCAGCGUAGUUGCAGAUGAUCUUAGCGGCCGUGCAGCGCUGUCAUCUCUCGAGGAGGAAGGCCUCGACAAGAAGGGCGUACAAGUCCUCCCUACGAGCUCAGGCACACGCACAGCCCAGUAUGUGGCUAUCAACGAUACCAAAAAGGACCUGGUCUUUGCCAUGGCAGAUAUGGGAAUUGUCGAGCUCUCGGAGAAAGCACUGAAUUUCGAUCAAGUCUGGGAACCCAUGAUGGCAGCCGGAAAACCGCGCUGGGUCGUCGUCGACGCAAAUUGGCGUCCAGAAGUCAUUUCCAAAUGGAUCUCGGUGGCUCGUCAACACGGAGCACGCGUGGCUUUUGAGCCCGUCUCGAAUGCGAAAUCUCGACGCUUGUUCCAGCGCGAUCCAGCCAGCGGUGCCGAUGCUCCCAUUGGACUUGCUUCCACCGUGCCCAACAACGCCGUCAGUCUGGCAUGUCCGAACCGAUACGAACUAUCAACAAUGUACAUGGCCGCCCGUGAAGCCCUGCUCUUCGAGUCGCCUAGCUGGUGGACCGCCAUAGACGCAAUGGGCCUUUCACCCACUGGUUCACGCGAGAAGCUUGUCAUGGCGACCUCCUCCAAGCUCGUCGACGAGGGUUUACCCCAGCAAUCUAUUCAACUGCUGCCUUUUAUCCCGUGCAUCAUCACGAAGCUCGGAGGCGCCGGUGCUCUGCUAACACAGCUCCUGCCGCGCAAUGAUCCUCGGUUAACGGAUCCGGACUGCGCGCCUUAUAUCUUGUCUCGUACGAGCUCGGCCGAUGUUCCAUUUGGAGGCGUAUAUAUGCGUCUGUUCCCGCCUGCUGCGGUCCUGGCGGCCGAGGAAGUUGUCAGUGUGAACGGGGCUGGAGAUACUUUGCUGGGCGUUUUGGUUGCGGGACUUGCGAAGGAUUCCUCUUUACGUGUUGAACAUGUUCUGCCAUUGGCACAGGAGGCGAGUCGAAGGACGUUGAUGAGUGCGGGUGGGGUAAGUCAGGAUCUGGAAGGCCUUGUUGGGAAAUGGAAGGCACUUGGUCAAUGA